CCCGCUUCCGGCAGGUUUGGUGAUGGCGGAUGAAAGCAGUGAUAGUCAGCGGCUUCCCCCGGAAUUGGAUGAGGAGGCCCCGGGAACUGACAGUGACACAGAAGGAGAGGAUAUCUUUACCGGAGCUCAGUCAGAGGUGACUGCUCCAAAGACAAAUAAAGAGCCUGUGCCAGACCAGACUUCAAGAGAGAGAGAGAAUGGCCUCUUUCUGGAUGACGAUGACCAAGAUUUGUUUGCAGAGUCCACUGUCAAGCUGUCAGUGGAUAAUUCUCAUAACAUCCAAAAAGAGGAGCCUCCAAAAGUGUCACUAACCACCCCCAUGCUUAUUGAUGCAGCUAGCGCCUCCACCAAGCCCAAGCAAAAGAGCUAUGAAGAGCUGGAAGAGGAAGAGCAAGAGGACCAGUUUGACGUGAAGAUCAGUGUCACAGACCCAGAGAAAAUUGGUGAUGGUAUGAAUGCAUAUGUAGUCUACCAAGUUACAACUCAGACCAAUUUAUUAAUGUUUAAGAGCAAGCACUUCACUGUGAAAAGACGGUUCAGUGACUUCCUGGGCCUGUAUGAGAAACUCUCGGAAAAGCACUCACAGAAUGGAUUUAUUGUAGCACCACCUCCAGAGAAGAGCCUUAUAGGUAUGACCAAAUUAAAAGUGGGCAAAGAGGACUCGUCUUCAACAGAGUUUCUGGAGAGGAGAAGAGCAUCUUUAGAAAGGUACCUCCAAAGAAUAGUAAGUCAUCCUACACUCCUUCAGGACCCUGAUGUGAGGGAGUUUUUGGAGAAGGAUGAGCUUCCACGUGCAGUCAGCACCCAAACUCUAAGUGGAGCAGGAUUUCUCAAGAUGUUCAACAGAGCCACUGAUGCAGUCAAUAAAAUGACAAUUAAAAUGAAUGAAUCAGAUGUUUGGUUUGAAGACAAAUUCCAGGAGGUGGAAAGUGAGGAACAACACCUCCGAAAGCUGCACACAGUGGUGGAAACAUUAGUGAAUCACAGGAAAGAACUCGCACUGAACACUGCUCUAUUUGCGAAGAGUCUGGCCAUGCUGGGGAGCUCAGAGGAUAAUACAGCCCUUUCCCGGGCUUUGUCCCAGCUGGCUGAGGUGGAGGAGAAGCUAGAGCAGCUACAUCAAGAGCAGGCCAACAGUGAUUUUUUCCUGCUUGCAGAGCUGUUGGCCGAUUACAUCCGUUUACUCUCUGCAGUCAGGGGGGUAUUUGAUCAGCGAAUAAAAACCUGGCAGCGAUGGCAGGACGCUCAGGCAACCUUACAGAAGAAGAGAGAAAAUGAGGCUAGAUUGCUGUGGGCCAACAAACCAGACAAACUACAACAAGCAAAGGAUGAGAUUGCAGAGUGGGAAUCCCGGGUCACACAAUAUGAGAGGGAUUUUGAGAGGAUUUCUGUUACAGUACGAAAGGAGGUCAUGCGGUUUGAGAAAGAGAAGUCUAAGGAUUUUAAAAGUCACAUAGUUAAAUAUCUGGAGACACUCUUGAAUUCACAGCACAAACUGGUUAAAUACUGGGAGGCGUUUUUACCUGAAGCAAAAGUUAUAUCCUAACUGGUGUGGAUUGAAAAACAACCCUGAUGGUUCUAUUCGUCUUCUGCCAUUUUUAUAUUAAUAUAAAUACUGUACCGUCUGCCUUUUAGAGAACAGUGACACAAACUCAUUUACCUCCCAUACAGUUAAACCUUCUACAAUGUCUUUAAUGCUAAACAAAUUUCCUGUGGGCUGCUUGUAUUUUCAGACCCAGGAGUGUUAAUCACUCUGUUGUCCCUCUGUAUAUUCUCAAGUCACCAGACCAAGUUUUAAAGCUUAAAGUGAAACUACUCAAAAUAAGGUUUUUCUAAGGGGACAGUUAAGUAUGCUCAAUAACAAAUCGCACUUUUAACAAAGUGGUUUUUAUAAGGAUUGGUUGCGCCACUUCACCUUUUUUGUUUUUUUUUAGUGGGAACUAUGUCCAUUUGUUUUGCAUUGAAAAUACUGAGCCCCUGGCCUCGGAACUCCCUGAGAUGUUGCACAUCCCAUGAACAAAGAUCUGUGCUGAGUGCUUAACAUAGGAAAGAGCUUUGCAGUAGUGUGACAGCAUUAUGAGUGAGACCCACGCUGUGCUAAUAAAUCAGAAAAAUACUGUUAUCUUGACUGUUUACAAAUGCCUUUAAACAGCAUUCCUCUGCAUUAUUUUGUUCUAUGCAAAGAGGCCAAAAUAGUCCUCAGAGAUAUCAGUUUAUUUUGUAGUUGACCUCGGUGGAGUUAACACCCACAGUUCUAUUUAGGAUAAUCAAACCCCUGUCUUUUGCAUGUAUAGGUAGCCAUUUGGCACUCGAGCUGUUGAAGAACUGCUAUUCCUAAAAUCCUUGGUGAAUGAAUUCUUAACAGCUGGAGCCCCACCAUUUUUUUUUGUCCUUGUAUUGUAAAAUGUGAGCUCACCAGUUUGUACCAUGUGUCCUUUGGUGUUUUAGAACUAUUGGCAGUCCUAUCUAGUUGCAAAAAGCAGUAAAUAUUCAGGCAGCAGGACUGAAGAUGGCUAAAACAUGUGCCUUAUUUUCAGGAUUUUACUUAUGUCAAGUGUAAGAUAAUAUUUGUGCACAUCACAACGGUCUGGAACAGAAUUGGCAUUCCAGUGUGGUGAGAUAUUGAGAGUGGAACUGCUUGGAUUCAUAGUUUACUGCUACUCUGAAGGGGUGUUUCAUGUAACACUUAUGCUCAGAGUCAGGCCCACAAUUCAUAUGUCUCUGUGAAGCUUAUAGAAUGACCUUUUCAUUAUAUUAAGCAGCAUUCUCUUGCAUAAAGCCCCAGCGCUUGUUUGGUGGGGACAGUAUUCUGAUUACAGAUUUUUCUGUUGCCCUCUUCUCUACAAUUGAGUGUUGUGAGAUCAUUUGCUUUAGGGCUGGGGCAUAUGUAGUAUCUUCUGUGCCAGCAUUUUUGAGCCAGGGAAGAAACACCAAAGUCUGCCUGCACUGUCAUGCAUUUAUAUGAAUAGGGAGUGGACUCAUGUUCUGCUGCACUUGCUGAAAUGCUGGUAGAGCAUAUGGACAAGUGCCAUCAGACAUAAGGCUAGUUCAGGGAUAAGAGCCAUUGACAUUGUCCUCUGCAAACCUGUAUAAACACCAAGAUUUAAAUUCCAAGAAACUGUGUUUUUGGUUUCACCUUUUGGUUUUUUCUUGUUCUACUUUUUACCGUUGCAUUUCAAGACAUGCAUUUUUCUGUUAACUUUUCCUUUGUGUUGGUUUGUUUCACUUUCACGUAUAUAUUUUCUUAUAAAAGCUAUAAAUUGUCAAUUUAGAGUUUU